AUGACAGUGCAAUCGGGCCAUGGCAGCGACGCGUUGCAACCAUCGCAGGGUCAACCACAUCGUUAUCAUCUGAGGCAUGAUCCAGCGUACAACAUCACCGCUGCCGAAGCCGAUCUCGAUUACAACAGUGAUAACAGCAUAGCGGUGCACCAUCCAUCAACGGCGACUCAUCAUCAUCCACACCAUCAGCAACAGCAACCGCAGCUGCAACACCUCCACCAUCACCAUCGCUACAUGCCAUCAAGUUCCAGUUCCUGUGAUAAUACCAAACAACCCACUCGUCUCGGGGGUAGCUCCAGCGCUGGUGGUUCUUGCGAUGAGAACACGCCCAGCGUUUUGGACGUAAAUCUCGACUCUAAGAAGAUUUCAAUGGGCCACAAUGGCUCGAGACUGAACUCGCCGGUGCGCUUCGGUGACGAGCGGAAGUAUGGGAACAACCAACAUCAACAUCAACAUCACCACCAUCAUCACCAUGGUGGCCACCACAGCCAUCACAUAGAGGUGUACAGCGAUGGCGGGCCGGCCGGACUGGACAGUAGCAAGCUGGAGGAGGAGAUUUCUGAGGAUGACCGGGGGCCACCACUUCCGCCUCGACCUGCACCGAGAGCCCGCACGACCCAACGUCUCGACACGGCUUCGACAUCUUCCGGCGUGCGGAAAUACGUCAUCUGGUGUCUGAUAUGCGGUGGUAUCUCCAGCUUGCUAGGUGUCCUCUUUCUGGGUAUAUACUUUCUGCUUCGAUCGUACACCAGCACGGUGGGCUACUUCGAGACGGUACCGACGUUCGUACCGGCGACUCUGCUCAUGUUGACGGGCAUCUGCAUAAUGAGCCUAGCGAGGCGGAGAAACCGGUAUAGCUAUCUGAUCAAACUGUCCGGAGCUUGCGGGUUAGCGUCGGCUCUAACAUGCGCCUUGGUGACGGUUACGACCACCGUUCUGCAUAUGAGCCGUUUGCAGGUGUUACGCGAGUGCGAGUACACGCAGAAGACGCGCACGUGCACCUGCUAUUCCGUGACUGCGGAAAAGCAAACCGAGGGUAGCGUCGAUGACAGCGUCCGGUUCGUGUUCGACUCGACGUCCGACUGUGGUGUCGUGCACGGUGCACUAUACUCCUGCUUGCGAGCCGUUUUUGGUUUGUCCGUUGCCGGUGUUCUAGUGGCCGUGUUCAGCUGUAUGCUCGUUUACCAGUUGCUGAGUCACGAACGAAAAAAGAUGUACUGGGAGCAGCUGGAGCUGCGCUGUCGAUCACUCUAUUCCGGCCAGCAGGGUCCAUCUUCGGUCCUUCCGUCCGGUCCGGGAAUGCUCGGUGGUCCAGCUGGAACUGGUCCGGGGCUAACUGGUGGACGGGCAAGCAAUUGUCGGUGCUGCGAGCAGUGUCACGCGCAUCGGAACGUUUUGCCAUCGGCGUACCCGUGGGAGGGAGACAAUCGAUUUUGGACACCGGGUCAGGCCGGAAACUUUUACUCACCGAACCCGGGAGGUGAUGAGCCCGGACCAGGAGCUAGGUUGAACGCGAGCGGCCGUCGAAUGCCCGGUUGGAGCUGGCCCCGGAUGCCCUGGCAGCGGAGCGACGCCUCUCAGCGUUUAUCGCCACACAGUCCCGAUUCGCAGUACGGUUUCUCGAACCGCUCCGGUGUAACACCGGUGCUUCCCGGUGCCGGGGCACUAUUGGGUGCCGAAUCCGUCCAACCUCGCUACAACGUGAUCGACCAGCAGUACGGCAUAUGGGGUCCUCCUCCGCCUUACAGCGAUCCAAACAGUCCGGCUCGUCGUGGACGCUACCAUUACAUCCAUCCCGCCCAGUGCGGUCCUCCGCUGAUUGACCCAAGUGGAAUCACGUCGACCGGAUCGUCCAUGGUGCCCUCAAACCCGGGAGGUCACGGUAUUGCCAUUCUCGAGUGUCAUCAGCAUUCCGUGAUGGGUGUGGAUGUACAUGGCAUUCCUCAGCAAUACAUCGGCCAAACAGCCCUUUCGAACGUCGGUGGUGCGGGUCAACCGGCCUCAAACUAUUCCCGUACAGGAACUGGUAGUGGCGGCGGUGGAAGUGGCGGUGGAGUAAGCUCAUCCGGUGGUAGCAACGUCGGUGGAAAUGGAGCAAAUGUCGGCAGUAAACGGCAACAGACGGGUGGCUUCAAAGGGCAACCGCCGACGAAGGAUAACUAUGAAAAUACACCCUCCGACAGUGAUGGCCCUGGCCGGGAUCGGUUCUCCAACACAUUGCCCUUACGUAAGGCGAAGAAGCGUGUCGAGGCCGGUGCGAAGAGUAUUGGACCGGGUAACAACGGACAACCAGCCAGUACACGGGUGAACGUGCAGAAUGUGUUUGGAGCGCCAAACCAGACAGCUGCUGGAUCGCACGAAACGUCCGAGAACGAGUACAAUGAGUUGAGCGUUCCUUCGUCCAAUGGUGGGUUGGCACCAGGAGACGAGUGUGGUGGUAGAGGCUCCGGAUCGCCACACGGAUUGCUGGGUAUGCCAGCGGCGAUAGUGACGUCACAUCCUCCAAGGAGCCGCCGCCAGAAGCUGUCCAACUCGGCGGGCAUUGAGAACAGCGGUUUUCAGACGGUGGAAGCGCUGGAGGCAGAAGCGACCGCUGCGGCGAUGAACGGAAAGCUGCUGGAGCCAACGGAAUCGGAGGUUUACUUUGCUGACGUGAGCAGCUGCUGCAAUAUGUCCGUGAAGAAUGACAACUACUACGAAGACGCUAGCCAAAGACGCAAGAAAGAAAAAAUACAGCAGCAGGAUCAAGCGGAUGAGUACAUCGCUCAACGGUUCGGUAAGCGCGAACUCUCUGUCCGAAGCCGCCAGCCGUUCCCACAGGGAGUCGUUGGAUUAGGGGAUAAACCGCCGGUUAUGCCUCGAUCUUCUCUGCUACCGAAGGACAUCUCUCGGCAGAGCAUGUGUUCGGUGGACUCGGGUGAGAAGACGGAUUACACCGAUCUGUCACCGGCCACACCUAGUUCAAACUUUUCGUCCAUUGGCGGACUCCCAAGCGGAAAGCAGCCAUCGCCUCCGUCAGCGAACGAUGGUACCGCUGGAAACGCACGCCAGGAUCCUGACGGGCCCGGUGGUUGUAACUUUAUCGCCUCGUACCCGUACUCUUCGAACGAGCAGAGCCAGGAGGCGCACCGUCGUUCGACCAAGAACCUGCACGACAUCUUCCUGGCGCCCGACUCCCAGUACGAGGUAAUGAAGGAAUUGCAUAGGUUUAAGUCGACACCACUAACGCUAACACCCUUCGAACCACCACCACCCACAUCACCACUGCCGUCGUCCUCAUGCCAGGAUAUGCCGGGACCUUUCUCUCUCACUUCCUCCACGGCAUCGUUCGGGGCGACUUCUUCGGGAGGAGUAAUUGGAUCCGGCGAUCGGACCGAUCGAACCGCGCCUACGAAGCCGAAAUCUCCCAAGAACCUCAACAUCACUCCGAUCAAGCGUCAAAGCCUAGGCACCAACAUCAGCUCGAUUAUCCAGAAUCUCAGUGGGAACGAUGUGGGACUGCUGUAUCCUGAAGGACGAGGCCACGGCUCCUAUCACCAAAGUGUUGGCUCCGAAGGAUCUUCGUCCAUCGGAGAAAGAUCGACCGUGGUUCCGCUUAACAGCCGGCGACCGGUGGACAUCAACGACAGUAUCAGCAGCAACGAGGAUAACGAGGAGCUGACUGACAGUGAAAGGCGGCGCGGAACCGAUCGGCGUUUGUGA